UGGGGUGGAUUGGUUCCAAUAUCUCGCCGAGGGCUCCCACUUGGCCCUCAGUAAGAGGGCUCCCACUUGGCCCUCAGUAAGGGUCAAGACGCAGGGACUUGUACCAAAGAGGAGCAAAGCAGGGCUCUGCCCGAGGCCCCUAGGACCUCCUUCUCCCAAUGUCGGAGGAAUCCGACACGUGACGGGUGGGAAAGCCCUCACUGGAUAGAAGAACUUUGUAAGCUCAGAAGAUGCCACCCGACCUGCCUUCCCUGCUGCUGCGGCUUGUGAUCCUGCUGCUGCUGUCCCAGGCAGAAGCUCGCUCCUUCGUAGUGGAUCGGGAACAUGACAGAUUCCUCCUGGAUGGGGUCCCUUUCCGCUACGUUUCUGGCAGCCUGCACUACUUUCGAGUACCGCGGGUCCUUUGGGCUGACCGGCUUCUCAAGAUGCAGUUGAGCGGCCUCAACGCUGUGCAGUUUUAUGUGCCCUGGAACUACCAUGAGCCAGAGCCUGGGAUCUAUAACUUUAAUGGCAGCCGGGACCUCAUUGCCUUCCUGAAUGAGGCAGCUAAAGUGAACCUGUUGGUUAUUCUGAGACCAGGACCUUACAUCUGUGCAGAGUGGGAGAUGGGAGGUCUCCCCUCUUGGUUGCUUCGAAACCCUAAUAUUCAUCUGAGAACCUCAGAUCCUGCCUUCCUUGAAGCUGUGGACUCCUGGUUCAAGGUCUUGCUGCCAAAGAUAUAUCCAUUUCUCUACCACAAUGGGGGCAACAUCAUUAGCAUUCAGGUGGAGAAUGAAUACGGUAGCUACAAGGCCUGUGACUUCAAGUAUAUGAGACACUUGGCUGGCCUCUUCCGUGCAUUACUAGGAGACAAGAUCUUGCUCUUCACCACAGAUGGGCCUCAAGGACUCAGAUGUGGUUCCCUUCAGGGACUCUAUACCACUAUAGAUUUUGGCCCAGCUGACAACGUGACCAGAAUCUUUUCUCUGCUUCGGGAGUAUGAACCUCAUGGGCCAUUGGUGAACUCGGAGUACUACACAGGCUGGCUGGAUUACUGGGGCCAAAAUCACUCCACACGGUCCAGUCCAGCUGUAGCCCAAGGACUAGAAAAAAUGCUCAAGUUGGGAGCCAGUGUGAACAUGUAUAUGUUCCACGGAGGUACCAACUUUGGAUACUGGAAUGGUGCUGACGAGAAGGGACACUUCCUUCCAAUUACUACCAGCUACGACUAUGAUGCACCCAUAUCUGAAGCAGGGGACCCUACACCUAAGCUUUUUGCAAUUCGAAAUGUCAUCAGCAAGUUCCAGGAAAUUCCCUUGGGACCUUUACCUCCCCCCAGCCCCAAGAUGAAGCUCGGACCUUUGACUAUGAGCUUGGAUGGGAAUUUGCUGUCCUUCCUAGACUUUCUCUGCCCGCAAGGCCCCGUCCAUUCAGUUUUGCCAUUGACCUUUGAGGCUGUUAAACUGGACCAUGGCUUUAUGUUGUACAGGACCUAUCUGACUUAUCCUGUUUUAGAACCAACACCAUUCUGGGUGCCAAAUAAUGGAGUUCAUGACCGUGCCUAUGUGAUGGUAGAUGGGGUACUGAAGGGCGUCCUGGAGCGGAGUUUGAAACAAGAACUGUAUUUGACUGGGACCGUAGGGACCAGGCUGGAUAUAUUGCUAGAGAAUAUGGGGAGGCUCAGUUUUGGGUCUAACCACAGUGACUUCAAGGGCCUGUUAGAACCACCACUGCUGGGGCAGACCAUCCUCACUGAGUGGAUGAUGUUCCCUCUCAAGGUAGAUAAGCUUGUAAAAUGGUGGUUCCCCCUGCAGCUGAUGGAAAGAGCCCUGCCUCAAGCUUCCUCUGUCCCUGCCUUCUAUUCUGCAAAGUUUCCAGUUUUCGGCUUACUUGGGGACACAUUUCUCUAUCUACCUGGAUGGACCAAGGGCCAAGUGUGGAUCAAUGGUUUUAACUUGGGCCGGUACUGGACAAUGCGGGGUCCACAACAGACCCUAUAUGUGCCAAGACUGCUGCUGUUUGAUAGAUCAAUCAACAAAAUCACAUUGCUCGAGCUAGAAAAUGUGCCUCAUAACCCCCAAAUCCAGUUUUUGGAUAAGCCCAUCCUCAAUAGCACUUUGCAUUGGGGGUAUAACUAUCUUCUCUCAGAAACACAAGGUUCCUUUGAACCAAUGGAGUUAAGUGGGCACUGAAAGAAAGAUGACCCUGGAGUCUGAGACACAGGGCAGCAUCCUUUGGUGAUGGCCAUAGUGACCAUAAAGAAUCAAAGGCUACACUCCCUCUGACUGUAAGUACACACACAGUUUUCUUGCCAAACUUUAUUAUGAUUAAAAUUCCAAAGACAGUACUGGCUCCACACACCUUCGUGGCCCUGUCUUUGUCUUUGCCCUGAUUCCUGAGUGUCCUUCACUGCCCAUCUUCCAAAUGUCAAGCUUCAUGAGGAGGAAGAGAGCUCUAGGUCUGGAUGUGUCCUCUUGGGACCCAGAGUUGGCCCCAGGUGCUGUAAGAAAUCAAGAUGAAGGUCUCCCCGCCUGACUGCGAUGGUCUCGAAGGCAACGUGUGGAGCAGAAAGAGAAGUCGAGGUAGUGAAAGGGAACGAGGCCUUGGAGGGACACUCCACAACUCCAGCAGCGUCUGAACAAAAGGAAGGAAAAUGAUUGGACAGGUACUCCACAAACUUCCCCAUCUAAGCGUUGCCCAGCCCUUAAAGGUCUCAGGGAACCUCAAGUCCCCUCUGCCACCCUUCUGAACACCAUGAAGGCACUCAUUCCCCUUACCCCAGAUGGUCCUUUAACAUAGGAGUCCACCCUUCUACUCAUCCCCUGCCCCCAUACCCAGCAGUGGCAACUGCAGAGUCAGGAACUGGAGGGCUAGGGGCUCCCAGCUGGGCAGCAAGUCGGCGCUCUGCAGCCAGAGCUCUCUGCAAAACAGAACCAGCCGAUGUUGCAGACAAACGUCCCGGAGAGAUGAACAGUGCACUCAGGGAAUAAUGGCUGUCUGGGGAGGAAGGUAGGCGCUUAUGGAAACCCAGCAGUGCAAGAUUCUGUAGCCUACCUUCUCCCUGUCACUGAGAGCUGCGAACCGCCGUCGCUCCUCUUGCUCCUGUUCUUCCUGUGCCCUCUGCUCCCGCUGCUGUUGCUCCCGCUGCCGGCGAGCUGCCUUUUGCUCUUUUUUCCUUGUAGCCUGCCGGGCCUCCAUUUCUUGAGUCAAUGGCCCUGGUACCUGGAAGAUUUCACAGAGAUAUUAUAAAACUACAAGGAAGCAGAAAGGACCUAUGAGGAUCUCUGACGGCCUCUGCUCUGUAGCUCCUUUUCCAGCUCACCCGAGCCUUGUUGUAAUCAUAGGCAUCAAGAUUCUUCUCCAUGAACCUCCGGAAUUCAUUACGCGUUGAUUUGUCAGCUGCUACAGUAUAAGGUGGCCGAGCCCUAGAGUCCCUAAGGACAAAAACCCAAAACCAAGUUUAACUUGCCUCCUGCUUGUCCCAAGGAAAUAGUAUCAAGAGCCAGCAUGAGCUACGGCAUUAGGUUCUCUCUACCUAAAUGGGGUCGGGAAGGAGAUACUCACAGCACAGUGGGAUCAGCACCUGCUUCCAACAGCAAACGAACUACUAAGCCUCUUCCAGCUGCAGCUGCUGCAUGCAGGAGAGUAAAGCCACCAGAGCCCAAAGGGGCAUUGAGCAGGGACUUAACUCCAGGGCCUACAAGCCCACUGGCUAGCUGCAGCUUUAGCACCUCAACUUCCCCAGCACGACAAGAAGCUAGAAGCAUGUCCCAGAACUCUGGUUGACAUGGGGCUUUGGCCUCAUAGACCGAAGUGUCCAAUGGGGUUUCAACCUCUUGGGUUGGCCGUGAGAACGGCUCAUCUUGAGGUUCCUGAGGAAGAGGCCCAUGUGCCCCACACUGCUGCUCUUGACUUCUCUCCUUCUUCCUCCUCUUCCUCCUCUUCCGCUUGGGCAGUACUUCAAAUUCACGAAGAUCCAGGGUCCCCAGGGUCAAUUCUACUAGCUCCAACUCUACUUCGGAGUCAUCUUCUUCCUGAGACUCUGAACCUAGAAAAAGAUAUGAUCUUAGAUCUAUCUAAGGAACAGGGAGAGGGUAAAGAUGUGUGCGUCCUCAAAUGGGUUUACAUUUAUAAAAAGAUGCUCCAGAUGA